UGAACGUAACGACGCGGUCCAACACACGAGACACUCUAUAAAUCCUUUUCACCUACGACGGUUUACGCGGCUGUUAUCGAUAUUAUCAGUCCAGUGGAAAUCUCGUUCAAGUCUGCUCUGUGAAAUUGUGCACAUUUAACAAAAACUUUUGAUAGGAUGAGGUGAAUUGGAACGAUUUUGUAUUUCGGGACCAAAAAAUAAUGCCUUCGAGUGGAUCGUCUAAAGUGUCUAAGGUAGACAGGUCCACAAGUCCUCUGCCACGUAAGCCGGUGAAUCCUGUCCAGUUCCGCUCCGAGGCGAUUCAAUGCUUGCAAUCUACCGCUUUUAAGGAGACCAAACGAUUGCCGGAUCGAGGAACAUGGAGCAGCAAGAUCGAGUUCAUUCUGUCUGUAGUAGGAUUGGCUAUAGGAUUAGGCAACCUAUGGCGAUUUCCUUAUCUCUGUUACAAAAAUGGCGGUGGUGCUUUCAUGGUUCCUUAUUUUAUCGCUCUUGCACUUGCCGGAAUACCAAUGUUCCUAAUGGAGUUGUCACUGGGGCAAAUGAUGACUAUAGGUGGAUUGGGCGUUUUUAAGAUAGCUCCGAUUUUUAAAGGCAUUGGAUACGCUACUUGUGUGCUCUCCUGUUGGACGAAUGUAUACUACAUCAUCAUACUAGCAUGGGCAUUUUUCUACUUUCUGGUUUCCUUACGAAUCGAUGUACCAUGGAGAACAUGUGGUAAUCCUUGGAACACGUGUUACUGCCUCACCCCCACAGAACGAUUGGAAGCGUUGUGUUGGGAGGAAGACAAGGAUACGAUAUGUUCUACUCCGAUUGGUAAUUUUAGUCACACCUUACUGAAGGAUCCAGUGAAAGAAUUUUGGGAGAGGCGUACUCUUCAAAUUUCUGAAGGUAUAGAAAACGUAGGCUCGAUAAGAUGGGAAUUAGCGGGUACUCUGGCUAUAGUGUGGGUCAUGUGCUACUUUUGUAUCUGGAAAGGUGUAAAAUGGACUGGAAAGGUUGUUUAUUUUACGUCGUUAUUUCCGUACGCGUUGUUAGCUGUCUUGCUGGUAAGAGGAUUGACACUUCCAGGAGCUAUAGAAGGUUUGAAAUAUUAUGCAACGCCAAAUCUUUCGAAACUCAGUGAUCCUGAGGUAUGGAUAGACGCGGUGACGCAAAUAUUUUUUUCUUACGCACUUGGUUUAGGUGCAUUGGUUGCACUCGGAAGUUACAAUAAAUUCAACAAUAACGUUUAUAAAGAUGCGCUUAUCGUGUGUACAGUGAAUUCAUGUACCAGUAUACUUAGCGGUAUUGUUAUAUUUUCUGUGGUUGGUUUCAUGGCUCAUGAACAACAAAAACCUGUUGCGGACGUAGCAGCCUCCGGUCCAGGAUUAGCUUUCCUGGUUUAUCCUUCUGCAGUUCUAGAAUUACCGGGAUCGUCAAUUUGGUCUUGCUUAUUCUUUUUCAUGCUUAUUCUUAUUGGCUUAGACAGUCAGUUUUGUACAGUUGAAGGCUUCAUAACAGCCGCGGUAGAUGAGUGGCCGCACCUCCUCAGAAAACGAAAAGAAAUAUUCAUAGCAAUUGUAUGUUUUAUCUCGUAUCUCGUUGGCCUUUCUUGCGUUACCGAAGGAGGAAUGUAUGUAUUUCAACUCUUAGAUUCGUAUGCCGUAAGCGGGUUUUGCCUUCUAUUUUUAAUGUUCUUUGAAUGUAUCGCUGUAUCGUGGGCAUUCGGAGUAAAUCGUUUCUACGAUGGUAUUCGUGAUAUGAUUGGUUAUUAUCCUUGUUGCUGGUGGAAAAUAUGCUGGACAUUUACUACUCCUGCAAUUUGUGUGGGCGUUUUCACUUUUAACAUAAUCAAAUUCGUUCCCGUAAAAUAUCUUACAUAUGAGUACCCAUGGUGGAGUCAUGUUUUAGGAUGGUUUUGUGGCCUUUCCUCCAUGUUAUGUAUUCCAGGCUAUAUGAUUUAUAGCUGGGUCACAACAUCCGGAACUACCUCUGAGAAAUUCCGAAAAUUAGUAAGAAUAGAAGAUGAUAUUGCCACUUUACGAAUGAAAUUAAAUCAGACAAAAGCUGUCGCUAUCAGUGCAGAUCUCGAACUAUAA